AUGAGUGUUAUUCAUGCAGAGAUGAAAGAAAGAUUCAAAGAGCUUAAAGGUAGAUUCAGUAAAUUAUUUCAAAAAGAUCACGAAAGGGAAUCAUUAGCUUUGGAGAGGAGAAGAAUGUUUGAAAAAUUGUAUCAACCAUCUACUAAUGAACACUUGUCAGAAUCACUCAAAUGUCGGUUGUUACCCAGUUCUAAUUUUGAAUCAGACGAAAGCAAUCUUUGUAAUUCACCAAUAAGUAUUGAUUUCCAUACAUCGCCACAGAAUAAGGCAUUCUUUGAACCACAUACCAACGAAAGUUCACUUGAGCAAGAUGUGAACAAUUGCACAAUGGACCAGUUGUGCUCUAUACUUGAUAAAGAGAUUAUUGAAAUGCAAAAUCUGAAACCAAAGAAUAUUCCUCAUCCUCAACGAUACCUUUCAAACUCAAGCUUGGCAACAAUUACUGAAGUGCAGAAUGUCAAGUUCAAUCACAGUUGGGGAACACUCUACAAUGUCAACCAGUAUCCUUCCGAUCUGAAACAGUGGUCAUUUUACAAGACAAGAGCAGAGAUGACUGAUACAAAGCCACCAAGAUUAGUCAAAGUAAUUAGAGGCAAGCAGUAA